UGCUCCUGGCUCUCUCCAUCACUGGGAGGCUGCUGUGCUCUCAUGUCAGUGUGGCCUCUCAGCUGGAGCUUGGGGAGUGCAGCAGCCAAUCGGGCAGCCUGGCAGCCCUGGCAUCCUUCAUCAAUCUCCCUAAGUGUCUUCAGACUCAGUUAGGAACAUCCACACCACUCCUCCUCUCUCUGCAAUGACCUGAAGCUCCAGCUCUGCAAGCAGUGAUCAGUGAGGCAUAAUGCAAUGCAGGGCAGCCCGGAAUAAUCUGGUUGGCAUCCAAGGAUGUAUAUUCACCGAGAGGCUGAGGAGUGUGUCAGCAUUUAGUUUCAGUCUAGCUGCACUUUUCCUGCAGCACAGAAUCACAAAGUCUCCUCCUCUGGAUUGGGACUGAUCCUUCACCGGGAGCCUCUGAAAAGACAAAGUUUUCCUCCCUUGUUAUUGCUGUACCACCAUAACCUACCAAGAUGUGUGACUGCUUUCAUCUAGUUCUUCCUAACUGGCCAGGAUCUCCAGCCAGUGGUUCUGGACGACAGCUGAGACCGGCUGAGCCCCCGGGAGAUGCUGAUGCCGAUGCGGAUGCAGAGGAUGAAGAUUCUGUUAAUGAAGUGGCAGUAGAAGACAUUCGUCCAAGGCCACAAGGAUCCUCUCCAGUUUAUGAGUAUCCCACAGAAGAAGAAUAUUUAAAGCUUCAAGAAGAAAACAAAAAACGUUCUACAGACAAAUCAAAACAGAGUCAUCCACAGGAGACAAUGGAGGUGACCCUGAAAACAGAAGCGGAAGCUGGUGCUAGUGGUUUUAGUGUGAAAGGUGGAGGAGAUGAAGGAAUAUUUAUUAAAAAAGUACUUAAGGAAUCUCCUGCUUCAAAAAUAUUUAGUCUUAAAGAAGGUGAUCAGCUUCUAAGUGCUACAAUAUUUUUUGAUAACAUCAAAUAUGAAGAUGCACUCAAGAUUCUCCAAUAUUCCGAGCCGUACAGAGUCCAGUUCAGCCUCAAAAGAAAAAUUGCUGUCAAAGAAGAGCCAGAACACCCUACAGCUCAAUACAAAAAGGAAAGAACAAGCCAGGAGAAAGAACUCAGUGAGAGCAUUCCUGAAGAAACACUUCAUGUUUCAGGAAAAACCACUUCAGAAGAAGACAGGGAAACAUUAAUUGCAAACCAAAGAGUAGGAAGAAGCAAGAGACCUAAAAAAGACAGAUUAUCAUGGCCAAAAUUCCAGUCAAUCAAAAAUAAAAAGAUAUUGAGGCACAGAAGAUCUCAUAGUACAUCAGAUGCAUAUGAGCCUGCUGUACAGGAUAUUUCCCCUACAAGCACAGACACAGAGUCUCAAUUUCCACAAGAAAUCCAUACCAAGGAAAAAAAAGGAAGCCAAAAGAAGCUGAAGUUCCCUAGCAUUGGAUUCAGAAUGCACAGGUCCAAAACCGAACUACAAGAGAAGCAAAAAAAAGAAAUAAAAACUACACUGAUCUCUGAAAGAGAAAAAAUACAUGAAGAAGAUAUUAGCCUGGAAAAUCCUGAAAUCCUAACUGUUGAAUAUACUACAUCUCCUGCUUAUGAAAUGAAAACAGGGGAGGUACAUGAAACUUUAACAAAAGACUUAAAAGAUAUGAAAAAUGGCAUCCCAUCUCAUGUAAAACAAUGCCCUGAAGUUGAAAUAAGCAUUAAAAAAGAAAAAGACAAGGAAUCAACAUCAAAAUUUACUUUACCUGAAGUACCAGACAUAACAACAGAGAUAUCAAAGCCCAGUUUAGAAAAACCAGGUCUGAAAGAAACUCCAACUGAAAAAACACCACAGGCAUCAUCAAAAUCCCGAAAAAAGAAACAGAAAGGAACACCAGUUAAAAAAGAAGGAGAAAGUGAAAUUAACAUAGACUUGAUGGGUUACACAGCUAAAGGAUCUGUACAGGUAAAAGGCCUAGAAAUAGGCACCGCAAAAGCAGAAUUAAACACAUCUGACACAAUGGAAGCAGGAGAAAAACAAGAAGAAGAAGACACAAAGAUAUUAACAAUUCAGAAAACAAAAUUUGGGAUUUCACUGCCCAAAAGAAAAGAGACAGAGACUGAAACCACCAAACAGGGAAGUGAUGUUACACAUUCAAUACCAGAAAAAACAACUGAUUCAACUUCAGAGGAUGGUAAGAAUUUGGAUGUGAAAACACGCAUAUCUGAUGCAGAACCAGAAGUAUCUUCUUGGAAAAUACAAAUACCAUCAUUCAAAAUGACCAAAACACCUAAAACGGACAUGAAAAUAGCGAGAGAAGAAAGCACAGGUGAAUCAGAAGAUACUGUAAAAGAGGAAUGGAUAGAAGAAGAUGGCAUGCCCACAGGUGACAAAAUCGACGAACAACUAUCAAAAAUUGAUAUCAAGGCUCCCAAGGUGGACAUCAGCAUGCCCUCCGUGGACGUCACCCUUCCCAAGGCCGGCGUUGACAUGCAGGCGCCCGAGGCGGGCCUCAGCCUGGAAGGGGAAGCAAAAGCCCCAGAGAAGGAGGCCGGCAAGAGCAAGGACGGCAAGUUCAAGAUGCCCAAGUUCGGCAUGCCUUCCUUUGGCUGGUCCAGCAGCAGAGAGGCCAAGGGCAGCGUGGCCGCCGAGGUGGACGUGAGCCUCAAGGAGCCCCAG